GCGCUUGGUUAAUAAGAUAUAUUUUUUGGAUAUUAAUGUAUUUUUCCUUGUGCAACUGUUAGGAAUCCCUAACAGUAUUUUCAACUUUGAAUUAUACUAUGCCCUUUUGGCUGUUUCAUUUUUUGAUUGAACACUCUGGCUAGUUGUAGAUUACAAUCUAUUUUUAUCAUUUUGGCCUUCCAGCUUUCUCCUUUUGUGAGCUCUUUGGUAAGCAAAGCAUGCCUGUUUUAUGUCUGUAAAGAAAACUUCAGCUUGUAAAAUUAUCAUGCAAGUUUCCUCAGAAAUAGAUUACAAGCUGACCCUCUUUUUCAGUGAAGUCCAUUGUGCAAGUCAAUAAAAAUUUGUGAAAAAAAAUUGAUGUGAGCGCACUGUGGGAAACCCUUAGAGUGACACUGAUGCACUCCUGAUCUUGCAGCCCUGACAUCAACUUUAUUUUUCACUGAAUCCUUUUUGACUUGCAUGAUGGACAUCACCGAAAAGGAUGGAUUAUUCAUAGUCUACCUCAGGAAUUUUGUCAAGGUAGCUUAUCAUCAAACUUUUUGAUGCUACCUAAGUCAAUUCUUUUACCUAGAAUAAGUUACUCAAUGGCCUCGGCUAGCUCCUCCCUUGCAAUUUCCGGUUCCAACGGGAAAUGGAAAUUACCGGAAGUUUCGAAUACGCUAACAUAUCACGUGAUCUUGUCUACAGCUGUUGUAUUGUUUUGAGCAGUCAUUCGUCCAAAUUCAUUAAUUUCGCUUCCUAAAGCUUUUAGGAUGUUUUUUGUAAACCGCAUUUCAGCCAGGGGGUGUCGGUUGUAAUGGUUACCAUGAUAUAAAUAUGCAUGUUGUCCACAUUUUCGUUCCCUGAGGAAUCGAAUGCGGUGGCGUUAGGAGACGACACUCAGAAAUUGAUGACUUGCUAAGCGUUUAAGACGUUUGACAAAUUACAUGCAAGAUGUCAAAUCCUGCUACUGUACCAACACCUGUGAAGGAUGUCCAAGGUGAUAACAGAUGGAUGAACAUGCAUGAGAGAUUUUUACAUGAUGGGAAUGUUUCCCCAUGUGAUGUUUUAUUCAUUGGGGACUCACUGAUUCGUAAUAUGAAGGAAACUGAGGCUUGGGAUACAUACUUUGCACCUCUUAAUUCUCUGAAUUUUGGAAUUGGAGGAGACUGUACUGAGCAUGUGUUGUGGAGAAUAGAAAAUGGGGAACUGGACAAGAUUAAUCCAAAGGUGGUUGUAUUAUUGAUUGGAACAAAUAACCAUCACAGUACUGCAGACCAAGUUGUGGAAGGAAUUGAAUCAGUUGUGUGGAGUAUAACAAGCAAACUGCCUUCUGCGAAAAUCAUUGUACUGGGUCUACUUCCAAGAGGAAAACAGCCCAACCCUCUCCGCGAGAAACAUUUUCAAGUAAACCAUUCACUCAGAGGAUUAAUUGCGACUAUACCGAACUCUCUUUAUCUGGACUCGGAUCCAGGCUUUGUCAGAAGCGAUGGGUUCAUUAGCCACGAAGACAUGUUUGACUAUCUUCAUAUGACCAGAAAAGGAUACAAGAAAUUCUGCAAACACAUUUCAGAAAUCAUUAUCAAAUUUCUAAAAUAUUGAGUUCUGGUGAAGACAGUUUGCACACGAUAUGCUAAAAAAUGAAACACAUGAAAUAUAUCGUCCGUAAUGGUAGACUCCUUUGCAAAGUUUAUUUGGUGUCGUUACGCAAUAGAGCGCUGCAUUCUGAGAUAUUGCAUAUCGAGAUACUGUGUUACGAGAUAUUGCAUUAAGAGAUAUUGAGUUACAAAAUAUUGCGUUGUGACAUCUUGUUAUUACAAGAAAUUAAUUUCAUCCCUACAGGUGAAGGAAAACAAUCCAGAGGGGAAUAAACUAUUUUUUACUCAAAUUAUUUGUUUUAGUUCCAUGAUAAAAUAUGACUUCUAGCCAUGUGGUUAAAAGGUGCUUGUAUUCUCCUUGGAAAAUUAGUUAUUUUAGGACGAGAUUAGAUAUCAAUCAAGUUUUUGAAAAAUUGGAAGUAUGCCUUAAAUUAGGUCUUCCCUUGGGAAAUGAAACUAACUUAAUGUAAGAAUUAUUAAGCUGAAACUUUGCUGGGAAAAAAUUUAAUAAGAAAUUUAAUUUCUCAACAUCACAUUAUACAUAAAAUAUAAACAAAAGUUAGAAUUCUAAUUCAAAUUAUUAGGAAGAUAAACAUGUAAUGUUCUCUUGAGAGGUAUUUUCCUCUUAUAUCAUUUCAUUUUCAAACGACUUUGCCAGUUUACUGGCUUAGUAUGAAGUCGUGUUCAAUUCAUUGUAUGAUACAAAGUUACACAUAAAUACAAUUAAAAACUCAAAUUAUCAAAAAAAUAUUUCCAAGUCUAAAGCCAGAAUUGUCCAUUCAAUUUCAAAGUAUUGGAAGCACUGGACCAUUUUGUUUCGUCGUCAGUGGCUUAAAAUUUUCUUUUUCUGACCAUUUUCUGUUCUGUUAAAAGCUUAAAUUUUGUUUUCUCUUAUUGUAAAAAUUCAUGUUUACAUUGCACUUCAUCAGAAAUAUCACACUUAAAUACAGUGUAGUUAAGAUAAGCUGGGUAGUGUGAGAAAAUAUGAUAAUUACAUAUCAAGAAUAAAAGAUGAUAACAGUGUCUUUUAAUCAG